AGCGUCAGUUCCUCUGAGGCGAGACGGGAAUGCCGGGAAGUGUAGUUUCUGCUCCGCCCUGGCCUCUACCGGCCGUCGUGGGCCCUCCUCCUCCUCCUCUCUUGCCCGGGCCAUGGCGGAUGCGGCCGGCUCGGGCGGGCGCUCCAAAGUGGCGCCCAGCGUGGAUUUCGACCACAGCUGCUCGGACAGCGUCGAAUACCUGACUCUGAACUUCGGGCCCUUCGAGGCCGUGCACCGGUGGCGCCGCCUCCCGCCCUGCGACGAGUUCGUCGGGGCUCGGUGAGGAGGCUGCUGGGCGGCGGUGUGAGGGGAGGGGGGUUGUCGCUGAGAGGGAGCCCUGAGGGGGCGGCGGCGGCUGACGGGUUACCGGAGGGAUAAAUAAGGCCGUUUUCUCUUCUUCGUCCUCUCAGCCGCAGCAAACACACCGUGGUCGCCUAUCGAGACGCCAUCUACGUCUUCGGCGGGGAUAAUGGGUGAGUCCUCCUGCCGGGAAUCGCGGAUACCCCGUUGCAGGCGGCAGUUCAUAAUCCCCAGGUCUUGAUCCCAGGUCGUCUUCGCGUAGGCGAGGCUGAUGCCGCCGUCGCUUUCUCUCUCCCUUCCCUGUGUGCCUUAUAGCAGUGCGAUGGGGAGGAAAGUUUACACAAACUCCCCAGCCUUCCGCAUCACUGUCUCCCUACCAGAAAGGCUCCCCUGUGGAAUUGUUGCUGGUCACACGCUUAUAUUCGCAGGAGCCCCGCUAGGGAGGGGGGGUAGCGAGUGGCAACCCUAAACCCAACUGGAAAGUGUGCAGUGAUUGAUGGGGAAGGUUUUUUUUCCCCGGAGAGAUUUGCCGUGGAAAUCAAAAGCUACGCAUGCAAAUAAAAAUACUUUGGUUUCUGAUGUUUGGUAUCUAAAACAGGAAAUAGGGAAAAACAAAGAGCAGCCCAAAGGAGCUGAAUUUGCUGUUGCUUGCUGUUGUGAUUUGGGGGUGAGGGUAGGGGAAAAUAUAUACAGUAUGUAUAUAUAUAUUUACAUUAUUAUUUCAUUUUAUAAUGUAUAUAAAACAGAGAGAACAGUUAUAACAACAGACAAAAAUUAAAAUACGAAAAACAAAGCUAUAAAAUAGGCAUGUAGCAGUUGCAUGUGAGUUAAAAUAACAAAUAAAGACUUAUCCACUUUAUCAGAUCAUCAAGCAUCCUUCCAGCUUUGCCAGGCUUGUGACAGCAGUUGCCCUGAAAAUGGUUCCUCUGCAUGCGUCAUAUAAGAAUGCCAAAUCAUAUUAUAAGUGUCUAGAGGUUCGGGGGGGCGCGUAACUGGAUUGUUGUUUUUAUUUUGAUUAUAUAUUUUGUGGUUUUAUAUUUUGAUUUUGUUCUGUGAACCGCCCUGAGACCUCCAAGUAUAGGGCGGUAUAUAUAUAUUCAAUAAAUAAAUAAGUCCUUGUCAAAAGCUCAAAUUAUGUGUGAUUUUAGAAACUUUUCACUAAUUACAGCUAACAGAGAUCAACCUCUAGUUUUGCUUUCUGCUGAAUAUAAAGAAGUUCUGACACAAACUCCACUAAGGAAGCAAAAAACCAAAAGCCUAUUUAUUAUCUUUUGGUUUCUUAUGUUUGGUAUCUAAAAUCUUUGUUUUAGAGCAAAUCCAGGCAAUAUGGGAAUAAUAACAAAGUUAUUAUGGGUAGUAUUAGUAUUGUGGGUAGCAUUAACAAUCAACACAAAGUUAUUGGCAGCAUAUAAAACUAACAAUAAAAACUGAGUAUUGCCUUGUCUCCAACAUCAUUCCCCACUCUCAUGGGGACAAUAAUAUUGAACUGUAUAAGCUGCUUCCUCUUAGCCCAUUCCCAGCAUUAUGCCAUCUUUAUCCACAAUCUAGAAUAUAGCUGUCCAAUAGUAUUCAGCAAGAACUGUUGGCAAGGCUGUUGAGUGGUUUAGCCUACCAGGAUUAUAUUCCUCUGAUCCUGCGUUGACUGCCAAUUUGCUACUGAGCCACAUUCAGAGUAUUAGUACUGUGAUGACUUGUCAAGUCCUGUACAACUUGGGAUUUAAGUAUUUGGAGCAUCGCCUUACAUAUUGACUUGCUGAUGUGGUAAGAUCAUUGGUGGGGGACAAUAGAAGUCUACUAUGCAGGAAGCUGGGAAAGGGCCCGCUCUGUGGUGGCAUCUCAACUAUAAAAUGCUCGAGGGUUGGGGAUGAUGCCUGCAAAUUACUAAAAUCAUGAAUUUUCCUUAUCGUAUGAUAAGCUGUCAUUAUUGCCACUGUAAUAAAGAGAAGGCAAAGACUUCAACGAUAGCUAGGAAAAAUCAUUUGCAAACAAAAUAAAACUCUGGUGUCCUUGUGUUGUCAUAUCUCUCCUGUAACUGCUGAAACUCGGUAAGAUAUUAGUAGUGGAUAUGCUGGAAGAAAUUUAUGUUUAAAAGCAUUUUGAUUAUAAAAUUGGAUCUUGAUUAUGGGAUUCAAAGCAAGUGGUAGAAUUAUUGUGGUAGAAAAUUGCAAUCUUGACUUAGUCCAUGUUGAGGGAUGGCAGAUCUGUAUAAUUUUUCAAAGCAAUUUACUAAUAGAGACAAAUGCACAUUAUAUGUGUGUGGCAAAUUAGUUAACAGUAAUUAAACCCAAAUUAUGAUAGGCAUAGCCAGGACGGUUUCAGCAAAUAAUAAAUGUGUAAUAUUUUAGCAAAUCAGUGUAAUAGCUGGUAAAGUUAAUUGUAAUAUAAACAAGUGCUAUAAAUAGCAACAUUCGCAUAUAUUGCAUAGCCAUUGUUUGAGUUAACCAUGGUUCAGCAAACUUCAAGCCAUCUCACAGAUGAGAAAACACACUAUGGCUUGUUUCACCAAAUCUUGGUUUGUGUUUUGUCUGCUCUUGUCUUAUACCCCUGUAGCUUGGCAAAGUCUGGGGCAGAGUAGCCAAACAAACUAAUGUUCAUCAAGAUGGUUGUAUUCAGACAUAAUGAUAGGCCAUAGUUUAAAAAAGCCAAAAUUUGUAACCCACCAACAAACAAUGGUUCAAUAUUUUGGCUUGUUGCCAGAAAACAAAUCCUGGUAAGCCCAUAGGCUGGUUCAAAUAUUCAAACAAACUAUACUUUGGUUAAACAAACCAAGGCUUUGUGUUGUGAGUGAACCAGGCCAGUGUGAAUUACUGUGUUUGCUCUUAUUUGUUUUGGGUACAAAGCAUCUCUUGUACUUUCUGCUGCUUAGAAUGGUUGGGGACUAAAAACUAAAUAACGUGUUAUAUCUGAGGAUAACUGUAUAUAUUAUUUUCCUUAUUCUGAAGGAAAACCAUGUUGAAUGACCUAUUGAGAUUUGACGUGAAGGACUGUUCUUGGUGCAGGUACAGCUAUAUUUCUAGUGAAUAUUUCAUAUAUUAUUUUGGCAUCUAUUUUAAAGCCUAACCAAUUAGACCUUCUAAAUGGAUGACAAAAUUAGAUAUUAUUGGCAUGCUGCAUUUUUUUAAUGGCUAGUGUAUAUUUGAUAACUACUGUGGGUUUGUAAUCAAAUUACGUUGAUGUGUUUUAGAUGGGGAAAGAAGGGCAAUUUUGAAACUUGUAAUAAGGCCUCAACCCUUUGUUUAUAAAAUUAGGAUACAAUCCUAAACUUGGAAGUUUGCUAAAAAUCUAUAUUUACAAUAAUGCUUUCUUAUAGUAAAACAAAAUAUAUCUAGUGGCUGCUGUUUUCUGCAGUUCAAAGACUCUAAAAUGUUCUAAGAAAAUUCUCAAAAUACCACAAAUUACAUGCAUCUGUAAAAGUGUGAAAUGAACAAAUUAUUUAAUCAGAUUAGAGUCAAUAGUGCAAUAGAAAAUGCACUUAAAAUGCACACCAAACUAUGAAUAUUUAAAUAUCCUUACAAAUAAAAUAUUGUAAAAUAUUACAAAAUAUUGUAAAAGAGUACUCUUGCAUUUGUACUGCUUUGUGUUACAUUGCGCAGGGCUUUUACUACAGGGACCCCUCCAGCACCCAGAUAUCACCAUUCAGCAGUAGUCUAUGGAAGCAGUAUGUUUGUAUUUGGUAAGUUAUUAGUAAGCUACAUCAUUAUCUGUGAGCAAGUCUGAAUAAAUAUAUGUUUGAGGUCUUGCUGGAUUUGUGAAAGUGCUGUCCAGCAAAUACUAGUGCAAGAAUUGACAAGUGGAAUCAUAAAAGUGUUUGUGUCAUCAUAUAGUAGAUAAUUGCCAAUUUGCCAGUUUUGUAAAGAGGGCACACAACUUAAUUCAAAUGGGUAGCAUGAAUAUGGAUAUCCAAACAAACAGCUUAAUUCUUGAUAAUUUAUGUACAGUAUUCAGGAUACUAAAAUAUAUGAAUAGUGCUGUAUUGAGCAAUGGAAAUGAUAGAUGAUCAUGGAAGCAUACAGAUGCAGUAGAUCAGAAGUGUGUGUGUGUGUGUGUGUGUGUGUGUGUGUGUGUUUUAAAAAAGCAUCAAAGUUGAAUUUUGGGCUGUCUUCUCUACUGAUAGCUAUAUAGCGGUCUGCACCCCUGUUGGUUUGCCUUGUUCAGCUCCAUAAUUUUAUUAAAUAACAUUUUCAAUCUGAAAUCGUGCCUAAUAUCCCUUUUACUGCAAUCACAUUAUCAUCAUCUAGGUGGCUAUACUGGAGACAUUUAUUCCAAUUCCAAUUUGAAGAAUAAAAAUGAUCUUUUUGAAUACAAGCUUGCAACUGGUCAGUGGACUGAAUGGAAGAUUGAAGGAAGGUAAAAGCCUGUGCAUCAGUGUAAACCUUUUAAAAGGAGAUUGCUAUUAUACUAUAGUGAAUAUGAUUAUAAAGCCUGCAAAGAUACUUGCAAUUUAUUGUCCUUUAAAAAAAAAACAUUAGUGCUAGUCAGCCAAUAAACAACAGCAAUUUUUGCACUGUUUAAAUUCAGUAAACUCCACUCAUGGAGUUUUUAGGACCCCACCCCCAGUGCUAUGCACCACAGCCUAACCCAUUCAGCAGGCUCCCUGACCCUCAAGCAGUAGCAUAGUGUGGGGGCCCCAGGGGGGCAAUGCCCCCAUGCCCACCCAUCAGCUGACAGGUGCCUGGGUGAGCGCAGAGAGUGCUCUUCACACUCUGUGCCCCUGCUCUGAUCUGGCAGUGGUGAGAGCUGUGUUGGUGCGCUCCAUCCCUGCUGGGGGGGGGGCAAGCACACGCUCCUGCACCCAGUGCCGGCAGACAGCACUUUGGCCCUGCCCUUGAGAGCCUUAUGUGGGGACUGCCAUGUUGUGAGUAGGGGGACACGAAUGUUACCUUUUCCCUUCUUCUGGCAUUUCUCUAGAUCCAGUUCGUAAAGUUUAGAUACUACUAACCACUUCUUUAGGCAUCAAGGCACAUAUUGGGUGGUGGCGAGAUAUUCAUUGGAAGUUUACUCAGUGGACUAAUUGAAAAUAAUGGAUCUAACUCAGAUGUGUUCAUUUAUUUCAUUGGGUAUGUUCAGAGAAAAACUUAGUUGAAUACCAUGUAUUGCCUUUAUUAUAAAUGUGUGUUCACGUUGUCAUGUAAAAUGAUCUGUUCUUAUUUCAGAUUACCUGUUGCCCGUUCAGCUCAUGGUGCAACAGUCUAUAGUGACAAAUUGUGGAUCUUUGCAGGAUAUGAUGGGAAUGCACGGUAGGUAGCAUUUUUCUGGUCUCUUUUGGUUCACACACAAUAAUCCAGCUUCAGUGUUGCUAAAUAUGAAACAGGGUUUUUUGUCUUUCUGAGUUGUAACAAAAACUCUUCUCUCUUAGGACAUCUGUGCUAGAGCCUACUGUUUUCUUAAUUAGUAUUUUAAGUUAAGAGUCGGACCAUGAUGAUAUCUAGAAACCUGUAGUUAAUAAGACCUGAUCUGGCAUGUGUGCAGCUUAUUGGGCAACUGAAACUGAUGUGAAGGAAGAUCAAAUAACAUGUUUAAAGUAGUUUUGAAAUAUGUUCACUGUUGGGAAUUGAUAAUUCCCAUCCUUUAGAGCCUCUUGUGCAGACAAGAACAAACUAGAAGUAAUAUACUUUGUGCCAAAUGCCUUGCUAAGCACUUUUAUUUAUUUAAACAUUAGAAACCACAUUUUCAUAACAUACAGAAAGGCAGUGUAACUCAUAAAAUGAGGCGAGAGUAUGAGUUCCACAGGACAAGGCUUGCCACACUGAAGGCUCAUUUCCUAAUAAAAGGCUUGCUGAUGUCAGGAGUGUGGGGAGCAGCACAAAGGAAGUGGCUAAUUCCGAUACUGUCUCUCCAUUUCAUAUUCCCCUCUCCCCACAGCUGCUUUUUGUAGAGGGAAAGGUGAGAGAGGUUUGUAGCAUGCAUGUUUCUGUAAUGUCUAGAUUGGUCUUUAUUCAGUCUCCAAAUUGGAAGGAAUCUUAUUAUAUAUGUGAAAGCAGUAAAAUAUACUCCAGUCGGUUGUGAUCAGCUUUUAAAGAGUAUUUUAAAAUUGAUCUUUCCUCUUGAUGCAGACUCAAUGACAUGUGGACCAUUAGUUUACAAGACAGGGAUUUAACUUGUUGGGAAGAGGUAAGAGGAAUGGAUAUUUUAAAAAGUAACUAUUCAUUUUAAUGCUUGAUAUAGUUUGUGUCACUUACCUGAUCUAGAAAAGCUUAGUCUUGUCAGAACUAAAUUCCUCGAUAACAGUGCAGGUUAACCAUUUCUCCAGAACACCCUGAUGGCUUUGAUAUACAUUUAUAAUGGAGCAUUUGCCACACAUUUUUUAUUGAAUCCAAGGCUCCACAAAUUGUGGACUGGUUUGGGUUAUCACAGAGCCAUAUCAUAGAAUCAUAGAAUUGUAGAGUUGGAAGGACCCCAAGGGUCAUCUAGUCCAACUCCCUGCAACACAGAAAUCUCAGCUAAAGCAUCUAGGAGAGAUGGCCAUCCAUUCUCUUCUUCCAAGUUCUUUGCACUUGCCAGAGAAUUGGGGAAGAGGGAGCUUAGCAGCACAGCAUGAGUAGCCUUUCUCUUCCCCCGCCUUCUUCAUGUGGAGAGGAAGGUGUCUUUUAGUGCUGAGCAAGGGUUCUUGCUAGAGAACCAUGGAUUCAGAAGGCUGUUUGGAUCAUUCCCAGGUUGGAGAAAAUAUGGAAUAGCAUGCUUUUUAAUUUUAAUAAAAGGGGAGAUGCAUUCAGAUGGACCCAAAUAGCUUGAUCCACCAAUAGUUAUUGCUUACAUACUUUCAACAUUUCUUCACAAUAACAAGGGCUAUGAACUUACUAAAGCUGAAUGUUUUCAAAGCUUAAAACUUUUUCAGGAUUCUGAAAUCUACUCCUGCAUAUUUGCAUGACCUAAACUCUUACAUUUUCGUACAACUGAACACCUGUGCUGCUAUCCUUCUCAGCUGAUGUCUUUACUACUUAACUCAGUAGUUUAAGUUAAAUAAUGACUGAAUUUUAUAUGUUUUGGUGUAGUAGUAAACAAUGAAUAGUUGAAUUUGUCAAGAAUAUUCUUGAUCCCUAUGCUUCAUUGUUACAAUAUAAUUUAUCGCCAACAUUCAGUGCAAAAACAGUUAUUGGCAAUAUCUUAUUAUUGAAGUCUCCAAAGUUUCAAACUUAGUUCAUCAUGUGACACUGAUAGUAGAGAACCAAUGUUCAUAACUAGGUGUGUGCAGUUACUUCGAUUCCACCUAUGUAUUUCCUGGUAGAUUGUACCUUAAGUAAACAAGGCUGCAGUCCUAUGCCUGCUUACAUGAGAGUAUACCUCGUUGACCUCAGUGGCUCAUAUUUCUUAGUGGAUAUGUAUAGGAUUGUAUUGCAAGAUAUUAGUAAGGUUUGUGUUUUUAAUACAUUUGGGGCAUGUUAACAAUUGCAUGGUUUGCUAAGAACAUAGUUGUUGUAUAUGUUUUGUAUAUGUAUAUGUUUUGAGUGAGCAGUCCAAACUUGAAAUUGACCUUUGACUUAAUUUCAAGAUGAAAUAUGGGCUAUUUUGUGUUGCUGCUUUUCAGAUUAAGCAAACGGGCGAGAUUCCUCCUUCGUGUUGCAAUUUUCCUGUAGCUGUUUGCAAAGAGAAGAUGUUUGUCUUCUCUGGUCAGAGCGGAGCAAAGAUCACCAAUAAUCUUUUUCAGUUUGAAUUCAAGGAAAAAAUGUGAGUAUCAAAAUACCCAACCCAAACCAAAUUGUGCCUGAAUUAAAAAUAAUACAGGAACAACCAUUUUGUGCAUGUUCAAAGCACAUGUGAUGGUGCAUGUGUGUGUCAUUUUUGGACCCAGACGAGGGUGUAAAAGGCAGAGCGGACUUAUGCGUGCUCUGCCAUCGCACGUGACAACCAGGAAGGAAACCCCCACUCAAAUUGGGGGUUGCCUGUACUGUGAAAUAGAAGCAGUUGAAGUAUUUAAUGUGAUUUUUAUAAUGUGCCCACAAAAUAUUGGGGGGGGGGGGUUCAGUUCAAUAGGAAAAAGUAUGGAAAUACUAAUAAAAAUGUAAAGGGGGCUGUAGCUGCAGCUGAUUGUCAUUUGGACAGGGUGGAGCAGUUUUAAGCCUCUUCUUCCUACCCCAGCACUGUGUCUGCUUUUAUAUUUUUUCUGCUCCCAUCAAAGUUAGUGGGACCAUGAGAGUAUAAACACUUGUUUGGGUACUGAAUUAGGCCCCCAGUUUGGGAGUAGCCAUCCCUGCUUUCGUAGAAUAAUAUUGUGAAAUGACAUCAUGCAUUGUUGAUGCAUUUGACACACCAGGUUGGGGCCAGAAAUCCAGUGUAGCUCUCCUCGCCCAUGAAGAACAAGGAUUGUCGUUGCAGACUGCUCUUCUGCUCACUUGAUAUAUAUUGGGGCACUUAUAAUAUAUGCACCUACUAAAGUCAUUUACUCAGACAAAAGCUUGUACUUCUUUCCCAUAUGUUGCAAAUGUUUACAUUUAUUGCUUACAAACAAAAUUCAUUGUACUAAUGCAUUUAAAAUAAGUUUAAAAGAAAUAGCACAAUCGUAUGUCUGUUCAGAAAUAAUCCCACUGUAUUCAGGAUUGUCAUUAGGAUUGCAGUCUGAGUGAGUAUUGCAUUUUAGACAAGACAACAGAUCCAAAACACGUAAUAUACACAUAAAGAAAAGAGCUAUAGAAUUGAUAUCAUACUACAGCUUGUGGUAUGCUAUGAGAAUGAAAGAUAACAUAGUUGUGUAUAUGGAUUCAUGUAUGUCUUUAGGGACUGAGCCACUAAAACCUUUUGUUUUCUACUUCAGUUGGACAAGAAUUCCGACUGAGCAUUUACUACGGGGCUCUCCUCCUCCCCCACAGCGGAGAUAUGGUCACACAAUGGUUGCCUUUGAUCGCCAUCUCUAUGUGUUUGGUGGUGCUGCGGACAACACAUUGCCUAAUGAACUUCACUGCUAUGAUGUAGAUUCUCAGACAUGGGAAGUUAUCCAGCCAAGCCCAGAUAGCGAGGUAAAAAAAAGGAUCAAGAUUUAAAUCUGGUGUGGGGAACCUUUAGCCCUCCAAAUGUUGCUGAAUAACCCCCCAGAAAGUUGCCAUCAGAGAAAUGUGGUCUUUGGGUUGAAAAAUCUCUGUUUUAUAUAUUUGACAGAUACAAUGUCUGUUCAUAUUGUGUGUCUUUCCCCCGACCUCCCCUUCUAGCUGCCAACUGGAAGACUUUUUCAUGCUGCAGCAGUCAUCUGUGAUGCAAUGUAUAUCUUUGGUGGAACAGUGGAUAACAACAUUAGGAGUGGAGAAAUGUACAGAUUUCAGGUAACACGUUAAAACCACGUUCAAAGUUCAACCAUUUCAUCAACAUUUCAAACAAUGUUUUUUAAAUAACUCAUCUUGAAGCAUGGCCCUGUGACCAGGAAGAGAGUGCCACAUCUAUGUCAACAUUCAUAUCCAUAACAAUAGCAUUAGGCAGCUCUCCAAAAUAGUUGCCAGUAUGAGUUUGCACCCAUAUGAAUAGAAAACAAAGAUACUUAAAUGUAACAGGAGCUUCAUAUUAUUUUUUGCUGCACCUGGCUGAUAUAUGCAAACUUCCCUGCCAGAGCAUAUAUCCUUCUACCUGAGCACAUGGCAUCUCAUCAUAGAAUCACAAGUACGUCAUGGAAAUGUGUUAUCCUCUGCCUGCUUAGCAAAAACCUGAUUUGCAAAUAUAAGAAGUGAUGUGGGUGGCUGCUUGAACACAUCUAUUCUGAGAUGGCUCAGUGCAUCAAGCUGUUCAUGUGAAAUACUUUUAUUCUAGCUAUUCAUAUAUUCCUGAUUUAUUUAUUUUUUUGUAUAUUUGUGUUGAUGUAUGUUGAAAUUCACUAAUACUACACACAUUUAAGAUAGCUUUCCAUGCAGAGUUGCCCCCACUUGGUUAUAUUUCAAGUGGCCACCUAUACCGCUGUUGGCACCUGUGAAUUAGGCCUGGAUGCUUCUUUCGCACUGCUCCUGUUCAAAUGUUGUAAGUCAUUCUACAGCUGGCUGAUAUAUACUGCAACAAUACAUUGGUUCCAAUGGCAACUUUAAUAAUUACACUUUCGUAAUACGGCAACGCAACGACAGAACUUUUCCAUUUCAGACUUUUAACAGAACUUCAACUCUCAUAUUUUCAGUUUUCUUGUUAUCCCAAAUGCACUUUACAUGAUGACUAUGGAAGACUGUGGGAAAACAGGCAAUUCAGUGACCUUGAAUUUGUUCUUGGAGAGGUGAGUGUGUUCUAAUGGAAACGUUGAGCAGAAGUUCUUUCCUUCCUGGCUAAAGAGAUACAGUUGUGAUACAAUACUACAUCAGAUACUUUUAAUUAUAUACAGUACUUUGAUGGAGAGGGAGAGAAACAGAUGUUGCAAAUUGGCUUUUUAUGUGCUUUUUCACUGAAGAGUUUUCUCUAUGUAUAGGUUAUAAGGGUAUGAUAGGUUAUAUAUAGGUUAUAAGGUAUGAUAGUGCCAUAUUCCACUGUUAUUUAGGAAAUAGGGAAACGGAGUAGCACAUUGAGUGAGGUCCAGUCAGAGUAGACCCAUUGAACUUAAGUUCAUUGAUUUUUGUGGAUAUACUUGCAGUAUGCUUAACUGGAUAUUGCCUAUUAUCUCUGCUUGUCACUUUUUGUACCCCUGGUUUCAGGAUUUUAAAGUUGCCAGCAAGAAUAUGUUAACGUUUGCAUGAUAUCAACAUGGAUGGUGUAAUAUUGAUGUUGGAAAAUAUUGAAAUAAUGUUAGGUUUAUACUAGCUAUUGCACAUCUGUAGCAAUCUCCUCAUUUUGUACAGGUACCUCCCCAUUUCGCACAGUUGGCAUGUACGUGACCGCUGAUGCACAUGCCAUUUUUGGCACUGCAAAGGGUCAGCACGUGGCGGGCUUAUGGGCCUUGGAACAUAACUCCCAUGUAAAUGGGGAAUUGCAUGUAUUUAAAAUGAAAAUAAGGGUGUUUUUUGCUGUGUCAUCAGUUGUUACUGCAGCAAGUUAAAAGAUUUUAAAAUUCAGCUAUCUGUCAAAUCUUAUAACUGUCAAAGAAUGCAGUUCUUUUUCUCUCAACUGUUUGACAGAAGGAAGAAAGAGUGCGAGGACAUACAGCCAUUGUCACAGCCCGCUGUAAGUGGCUCAGGAAGAAAAUUACACAGGCAAGAGAGAGAUUGAAGCAGGUAUGAUUUGCUGAGAAGGUUUCCUUGUGGGACGAUUAGCUAUUAUAGCCGUCAUUGUCGUGGCAUGCAUUCUGAAAAACAUUUUGAAGAAUUGAUUCUGUGGUUAAUCUCAUGACUUCCAGAUUUGCAGUUUCAUUGACAUGGCACAGCACUAUCUAUCAAAAAGGGUGACACAUUAUUUCUAAGUACCUACAUGAGUUUGUCUUGAUAAAUUGAAAGACAGAGGCUGUCAUUGGAUUCCGUUAACCUGGAUGAGCACAUAUGUCAGAAUUGUUUGUUUUGUUUAAGAAACAGGGUGUUUUAGGUCAGGGAUAGCUCACGUGAUUACCUGAAUGCUGUUGGACUAUAACUGUCAUUAUCCCUGCACAUUGGCCAUUCUGGCUGGGGCUGAUAGGAGUUCUAGCCUAACAACAUCUGGAGAGCACAACAUUGGUGACCCCAUUCUAGGUUUUUAGUGCCGAAGUUACGUUAAAAACAAAAGUUGGUUUGCCUGAUAUUAUCUGUACAUGGUUAAAUGCAUGAAUGCUUUUGGGGUGCUGUUAUGCUGUAAGAUUGCCCAGAUGGUUCAGUCUUUCCUUGUUCCCAUUGUGAUGUUAGAAAUCUAAGCAAGAUGUUGAUGAAGAAGGAGAAGGGACACCCCAGAUGGAGACAGCAGGCAACAAUGUCAAGCUGUGCCGCCUGCAGCCGCUGCUGGAGGUGACCAUCCGGGAAGCUGAAGCCCAGCCUUUUGAGGUGCUCAUGCAGUUCCUGUACACCGACAAAAUCAAAUACCCACGCAGAGGUAGGGUAGCAGAAUGGCUUCCUAGGAGAAGAAGUGUACAUUUUCUGUCUCAGCCUCUUUCAGAGUUUCUUCACAUAAUAACUAUGUAGUUUCAAUCCAUAAACACAUUGUUAUUUAUCUGUGCUUCAACGGCAUUUUCAUACUAUGCUAGUAGAGCCCAAUUAAGUUGUUCUUAAUAUUGGAACAGGGAACCUUUCCCUGCCUGCUGUCACACUGUCUUCAGUACAUUAAAUUAAAUUAUUUUUUAAUAUAUAUUUUUGUGUUGUACAGGGCAUGUGCAAGAUGUAUUGCUAAUCAUGGAUGUGUACAAAUUGGCCCUUAACUUCAAACUCUCACGAUUGGAACAGCUGUGUGUCCAGUAUAUUGAGGCCUCAGUCGAUCUGCAAAAUGUGCUUGUUGUGUGCGAAAAUGCGAACAAACUUCAGUUAGAUCAGCUAAAGGUAGGUGUGUGCAAGACUAUGAAUAACAUUUCAUUUAAAAACCCUAGUCCAAAUAGAACCAGCCUGAUUGGUUAAAUCCCAUUCUAGAAUAUUCUGAGGGAGAAAAGACUUGCUGGUAGAUUCUUCAAAGAUAACUUGCAGGAGAAAUAUGACAGACUUGUGUUUUUCUUGAAGUGGUGGUGGUUCUUCAGAUGACAAGCAACUAUUUGUUUCCUUUAGGAACACUGCCUGAAUUUUGUAGUAAAAGAAUCCCACUUUAAUCAAGUAAUAAUGAUGAAAGAAUUUGAACACCUUUCCUCAGCUUUGAUCGUGGAGAUAGUACGAAGAAAACAGCAACCUCCACUUCGAACACAUUCCGAUCAGCCUCUUGAUAUUGGUAACGCACCUUCCUUCCUGAAUGAAAUAUAGUUUGUGGUUCUUGAGGAAUGUAAAUAAUGACCCAGAUCCUGAACAUGACUGUCUCCAGUUGUUGCUGUCAUUUAGUUCUGCUUGCACAACUACUUUAACUCUUUCAAGAGUUGAUAGAGGGAUGUAGAACUAAAUUCAGUAAAAAAGUUAUUUUGAAAUAAAAUGUAUCUUAAGAGGAUAGUGUAGUGGCACUUUGUAGUUUUUAGUGGGGAGAGAAUGGAAAUCUGAUUGUUGGCUAGCUCUUAUUGAUGGUCUGACAAGAGGUUACCAUCCACUAAAGGGUCAUGAAGACCAGAGACCCUGUUGCUGGUCUUAGUAGCUGGGUUGAGUAAUGGUGUAACUUUUACUCAGAUUGAGAGCUGGAGUACCUAUCAGUAUCUGGUUCUGCAUACAUACAGUGGUGCCUCGCAAGACGAAAUUAAUUCGUUCCGCGAGUUUUUUCGUCUAGCGAAUUUUUCGUCUUGCGAAGCACGAAAUCCCAUAGGAAUGCAUUGAAAUCCAAUUAAUGCGUUCCUAUGGUCAAAACAAGUCCAAACAAAGCCAAAUUUGGUACAACAAGAGUUUAUUAAGUGCUCUUUAAAGUCACACAUACUGUAAAGAGCAUUUCAAAAAUUGAAGGAACAAUAAAUUAAGUUUCUAAACAUGACAGGAAAAACAUUUAAAAAUCAAAAAAGGGUACAUUACAUUUUCUAAGACUCUGGGGGACCACUCGAAGAAGGUUCCUCUUCCACUCUUUGCUUCUUGCUUAAGAACCUGUCCAUGGUCUGCUGCUUCAUCCGCCUUUUCAGCACCUCCCUGAAAGACGACAUGACCCUUGUAUCAAAACUGUUCGCAAGGUCACGUGUCACGUGCUUGUUAGGGUGGUUCCGCUCUGCAAAAGCCUGCACAUCCUUCCACUUCAGGCAAAUGUCCCUCAGUUCUUUGGAGGACAGCCGUUCCUCAGUUGCUUCCUCCUCUUCCAGCGAGGCCUGCUCCUGCGCAGCCUCUGCCUGCAGUUCGACCAGCUCCUGGGUGGUCAGCUCGUGGUCGUGCUCCUCCACCAGCUCGCUGACGUCCUCCUCUGUGACCUCCAGGGCCGGGGUCCUCCCGCAGGCAACAAUGUCCUGCACCACUGUUGACUCUGGUGCAUCAGAGUCACUUGGUGCCACACAGUCCGGCCACAGGCUGCGCCAAGCGCAAUUCAAAUUUCUCUGGCUGAUCCCUUUCCAGGCCGUGGUGAUCAUCUUCAAGCAGGUGACGAUGUCGAAGUGGUCCUUCCAGAAUUCCCGCAGGGUGAUGGUGGUGCAAUCAGUCACCUCGAAGCAUCGCCUGAAAAGCUCCUUGGUGGAGAGUUUUUGAAAUUGGCGAUGACCUGCUGAUCCAUCGGCUGGAGCAGUGGCGUGGUGUUAGGCGGCAGGAACAUGAUGUUGAUGAAGCUGAACUCCUCCAACAAGUCCUCCUCAAGGCCUUUAGGAUGAGCAGGAGCAUUGUCCAUCAGAAGCAAAGCCUUCAGCGGCAGGUCGUUGUCCAGCAGGUACUGUUUGACAGCAGGGCCAAAAGCAAGAUUGACCCAGUCCACAAACAGCACACGUGUGACCCAAGCCUUGCUGUUGGAUCGCCACAUGACACUCAGCUGCUCCUUGUCGACCUUGUGUUUCUUGAAGGCCCGUGGGUUCUCCGAGUGGUACACCAGCAGGGGCUUGAUCUUCAGGUCGCCGCUUGCGUUGGCACAGAAGAGCAGGGUCAGACGGUCCUUCAUGGGCUUGUGGCCAGGCAACUUGGCCUCCUCCUGAGUGAUGAAAGUCCUUUUGGGCAUCCUCUUCCAAAACAGCCCGGUCUCGUCGCAGUUGAAGACCUGCUGUGGAACGUAGCCCUCCGUCUUCACAACCUCCAGGAACUCCAAGGCAAAGUCUUCAGCCGCAGGAACAUCAGAACUGGCAGCCUCUCCAUGCCUGACCACGCUGUGGAUUCCGGAUCUCGUCUUGAACCGGUCAAACCAGCCUCUGCUUGCCUUGAAGACUUCUGGCUCGCCUGAGGUUCCUGGCUGUUCCCGGAUGAGGUCUGCGUGCAAGGCCUUGGCCUUCUCACAAAUCACGGCCUCAGUCACUGUGUCCCCUGCACGCUGCUUCUCUUCUAUCCAGAUGAGGAGCAACUUCUCGACCUCCUCCAGAACAGCUGGGUGGUUCUUCACGAUCCUGGUGACUCCCUUGGCUGCAUCAGUCGCAAGGAUCUUCUCCCUCAUCUUCAGGAUGGUGCCGAUGGUCGAUGGGUUCCUGCCGUACUCCCUGGCGAGGUCCGUCACACGCAUUCCACCGUCGUGCUUCCGGAUGAUCUCCUUCUUCAUUUCCAGCGUCACCUUCUCCUUCUUCCUCUCGCCGGCCUCUGCAGCAGCAGUCUUCUUGGGUCCCAUGGCAGCACAGCUCCUAGCUUCGUAAACUCAGAAAAGAAAAAAAAUCAGUGAUUCAGACCCAAAAAAUUCAAAAGCACCCAGCCACCCACCACACAGGAAUUCAAACCCUGAACCAAGUCCUUGAAUUCCAAGCACCCAACCCAAAAUCCAAAACCCCCCAAAAAAGUUUUAAAAGUUUAACUUAACUUACGAAAUGGCUGCAAAUCACCAAAGUCUUCAAAAUCCUCAAAUGGCUGCAAAGAAGUUUUGGAAAAGCUGUAAAUACACCAAAGUCUUCAAAAAUCUCAACUGUUCCCCCAGCCACCCACCCACCACACAGAAAUUGCAAACCCCUCCCCAACUGCUCCCCCAGCCACCCACCACACAGAAAUUCAAACUCAGAAUUUUUUUUUGAAAAAAAACAACAUGGCCCAAUGGUCACAGAAAAUCAUAAAAAUUCCAAAAAAAACCACACAAGCUCCCAGAUUCUUGCAAACCCCUCCUGAACUGUCCCCCAGCCACCCACCACACAGAAAUUCAAACCCAGAAUUUUUUUUUUUAAAAAAAGAAAGUGCCCCAAUGAUCACAGAAAAUCAUAAAAAUGCAGAAAAAACCACACAAGCUCCCAGAUUCUUGCAAACCUCUCCCCAACACCAAGUCCUUGAAUUCCAAACACCCCAACCCAAAAUCCAAAACCCCCCCAAAAAAGUUUUAAAAGUUUAACUUACCAAAGAGCUGCAAAAGAAGUUUUGGAAAAGCUUCAAAAAUCGCCAAAGUCCUCAAAAACCUCAGAAAAGGCUACCACACCGCGUGCAAUGUGUUGCUCCUCGAAGUCAAGUCGCAACUGCACCUCUUCCAGCAAUGCACCCUGGGUAUUAACGGUUUUACGAAAAAGGAAACAAACUUGCAAGACGAUUUCGUCUUGCGAAGCAAGCCCAUAGGGAAAUUCGUCUUGCGAAGCGCAUCGAAAAACGGAAAACCCUUUCAUCUAGCGAGUUUUCCGUCUUGCGAGGCAUUCGUCUUGCGGGGCACCACUGUAGUUAGUCCCAUAGCAUUUUAUUGCAUAAUGCUGGUAGAGGGCUGUCCUUAAAAUAAAACUCAAUGGCUUGCUGAAGAGAAUCAUUUGACCAAACUAUAGGAUAGGAAAGAGUGAAACUCUUAGAUACCACUUUUCUGUUUGCAAAUUCUAUUUUUAAGCCGUGCAAAUCCCCCUCAUUACUGAUGGUGAUCAAUUUGGUUGAUUUGAGGUGAUUAUCUCUCAACACCCCUAGCAGUUAUGCUAAGGAGGAUCACAGUGUACUCUCCUAUUUAACAUCUACAUGAAGCUGUUGUGAGUGGUCAUUAGGGGAUCUGGAGUGAGGUGUCAUGAGUGUGCUAAUGGUUCCAGUUCUUUUUCUCUUGCAAAAUGUGGUGGCUUCCUGCCAUCAUAUUACACCACUUCUGAAAGAAUUUCGCUGGUGGCCAGUUAGUUUCCCGGCUAAGUUCAAGAUGUUGGUACAAAGCCCUAAACAGCUUGGGACCAGAUACAUAAAAGACUCCUUACAUACCCAAUCAAUUGGGGGCAUCCUGCAAAUACAGUGGUACCUCGGGUUAAGUACUUAAUUCGUUCUGGAGAUCCGUACUUAACCUGAAACUGUUCUUAACCUGAAGCACCACUUUAGCAAAUGGGGCCUCCUGCUGCUGCCACGCCGCAGAAGCACAAUUUCUGUUCUCAUCCUGAAGCAAAGUUCUUAACCUGAAGCACUAUUUCUGGGUUAGCGGAGUCUGUAACCUGAAGCGUAUGUAACCUGAAGUGUAUGUAACCCGAAGUACCACUGUACAAUCUCAUCAGGAGGUCUGUUCUAAACAGCGUUGAAAUCCAGCCUUUAGUCUGGUGGCACCUACCCUUUGGAACUCCCUCCCCCGCCCGCUUCAUAUCAAAGAGGCACUGUUUGUUGUUUUUUUCAGUUCCUGUUGAAAACUUUCCUCUUUCACAAAACCUUCUAAGUGGAGAUUUUUAUCCCAGACAGUGUCUGUAUUGGCUUUGAAACUGUUUUAUAUAUAUAAUUACUGUUUAUAUACGUGCAGUUGUUUUUAUAUGUGGUUUUUAUUGUAUUGUGAAGCCACUUUGAGAUACUUCAUAGGUAGUUAAAUGAAAUAAGUACUAAUAAUUUUGGACUAAAUUUUCCUUUAAUAAUGUGAUAUUUUGCUUGCUUCCUCCCUCAAAGGAAAGCAGUAUACAACUGUGACUCAUUAUUAUUAUUACUUAUUUUAUUUUAUUUUAUUUAUUUUAUAUACUGCCCUAUACCCAGAGGUCUCAGGAUGGUUCACAGAAAAUAUCAAAGAUUCAUAUUCAUUUGAACUAUACAUUGAUCCGUACUUGUGUGUUACAUUUAUUCUCUGUAUGUUCAUGUUCAGGAACCUCAUUGAUUCAGGAUAUGAAGGCCUAUCUGGAAGGUGCUGGACUAGAAUUCUGUGAUAUAACUCUACUCUUAGAUGGUCACCCAAGGCCAGCUCAUAAAGCUAUUCUUGCAGCCCGCUCCAGGUAUGUUCACUUAGAUGUUUUAUUAUGUUUUUGUAUAUGCUGGAAGCUGCCCAGAGUGGCUGGGGUAACCCAGUCAGAUGGGCGGGGUGCAAAUAUUAACAUUAUUAUUAAUUAUUAUUACUAGAUCAGUCAUUCAGUGGUACAGAGUUAUACUUUCAGCUGUUGGGGCUUUACUUCCUCCUUUCAUUUCUCUUAGGUUUCUGUUUCCUUUCUGUUCUCCUUGUUUCUUUUAUGGCAUAUAGAAGUGAGUUCCUGAAUGGAGUUCCGCUGCUGUUGGAAUGGGGAUCUCUCUUGAUGUGUUAUGGAUAUUGAAUACACAGUGCAAAACAGAUUUGAUGUCCAGGAACAUCAGAGAUCCAUGUUAAAAUAAUUGUGUCCUCUGCCCCGGUUUGGAUGUUGUCUUAUAUGCAGAGAUUGGGGGGCUGGGGGGAGUAUAAAAAGCUGAAAUCUGCUCCUGUUCUCACAAUCAGGAGUAAUGUCAAACAGUCCCUAAGAAAGAUAGUAUCUUACCAUAGCCUUUAAGAUGCCACAGUGCUAUUGCUUUUGCUGCAACAUACUAACCAGGCUACCUCUCUGGAAAGCAUAGAUAACUUUGAUCGUAAAAUUGACUGGAUACCUGUGCCACUGCCACACUUAAACUACCAACUUUUAAUGGAAUGUUUUGCUAAGAGAGGUUGCAGAAAUUAUUGGGGAAUGAGAAAUACAAAAGUAUUUUUCCCCCCUCUGGGAUAGGCAACUUAGUGUGUUGCAGGGGAAACAACACUGUCUUGUUGCACCUUAAAAGAUUAGCAUAUUUAUUACAGUGGAACCUCAGGUUACGUACCAUCCUCCUUAUGAGCGCUCCAGGUAAUGAGCUCCACUAACCCGGAAGUAGGUGCUCCCGGUAGCGAGCUUUUCCCCGGGAUGCAAUCAGAAGUCGUGCGGCAACGGGAAGCCCCAUUAGCGAAAGCACAGCUCAGGUUAAGAAUGGUUUUGAGUUAAGAAUGGACCUCUGGAACAAGUUAAGUUCGUAACUGGAGGUACCACUGUAUAGUGAAAGCUUUUUUGGACCUGAGUCCACUUCAACGGGUGUUUGAUGUAAAUUGGUCAGCUUAUGCACACAUGUGGGGAAGAGUGAAGUUAGAGGGGAACCAAAUGCAAAAAGAAUAUUAAGAAUUAUGUAAAAGCAAAAUGGAUAAAGUGGCAAUUGACAAGACAGUGUUGGUUAUAACACAAACAUCCUGGCACUGGUAAGAUAAUCAACACAUUGUGAUAAAAAUCCAUAAGGUUGUAUCUAAAGCAACGCUAAAUAACUUAUUGCAUGAGUCGAACAACAGAUUUGUAGACGGCACAGGGGAAGGAUGAGGGCAUUGUUCAAGCCACAUUGUUCAAGUGGAAGUCAUUCUGCUUAUGCAGUCAUUUAGUUUGAAACCACCCACUUUCUGAAGUCAAGCUACAAGGGACAGCAUUGAAUUUUUUGAAGAAUUGUAAUACGGCAUAAGCUUUCAUAGAGCAGAGACUACUUUAUAGAUGCAUGUAGUAUAAUCCUAAAGCAAAUUUGCUGAAGGAAAGUAUAGGGAAAUAGAUUAUUAAGAAAUAAAUUUAGAAAUGCUAGUUAGUUGGUACGCAUUAAUCAUUGUUUGUUCAAGACAUGAUAUGGGAUGUGUUUCUGAAAAAGCUUGUUAAAAUUCUGCAUUUUGAUAAGCCUAGACUUAAGCAAUUUAAUAUAUAAAAGAGGUAUUUAGAAAUGCCUUAGGCCUCCCACCAUCCACUUUUUUUCUUGCUGGCUAAAAAUUAGUGAAACAAUCUUAUGAAAAGCAGACAGUAGCAGAAAAAUGCCUUAAUUAUUUUGGCUGACCCUGUUUCUUCUUGCAUCACCACAUUUGCAUUUUUUCCAGUUACUUUGAAGCUAUGUUUCGUUCUUUUAUGCCAGAAGAUGGGCAAGUUAAUAUUUCAAUAGGUGAGAUGGUUCCAAGCAAACAAGCAUUUGAGUCUAUGCUAAGAUAUAUUUAUUAUGGUGAAGUGAACAUGCCUCCUGAAGAUUCUCUGUAUCCUUUAUCUGACUAUAUAGGCUGGAUCUAUUUCCUUGAUACUUUUAUUAAAAUGUACUUAAUAUUUUAGUGUUUCCAGUUCACACAUUUUUCUCAGCUAUAAAUAUGCAAAAACCAUACUGAGGUGAACAGUAAUUAUUUGUCAAUGAAUAUGUUGUACAUCUAGGCUAAGUCUUUGAAUGAAUCUUAAAGGGUAUAAUAGGAUUUUGGGGAAAGGGCUAGCUUUGCAUAGUCAAACGGAACAGUAAAUAGAGUAUGUUUUUUGUGAGCAUUAACCUAAAAGCUCAGAUGAGUUCAUUUUUCUUUUGUCUCUCAGCAUAUUCCAAACACAGUUAAGACUGGAGAAUCACUGAAUAUUUGCUGUGGUUCUCCCAUCUGGUGUAAAAAUAUAGGGUAGUUUUCCCAGGGCACCUUUCCCAUACUUUGUAUAGAUUAUGAUAUUCCUUAGUGCUGUUCCUGGCCAAAAUCCUUGGACAGACAAACAGAUAGUUUCAGUUUAGGAAGCCAGUUAGUUGGCAGUUUACUAUAAGAAUUGAUCCUCUUCAAGGACACUAGUUCUGGUUUUUUGUUCCAUUUUUUGCUUAUUCUGUCUCUUCAGAAUGUUUGAGUUCACAGAAAACCUGGAAACAGCAGCUGCAUAUAUAGCAUGGUUGAUGUGGCAGUGCUAUGCAUGGCCCAGAGCCAAAGACAACUUUCAAGGAGGCAGCCAGCAGCAAUUAUAACAAUAACACAUUAGAGAGAAUGCAGCAGACAGAGGUCAAAUCUCUGUUCAUCCUUAUUGCCAUUCCAUUUAGGUUUAUGGUACCUCUGUUCCUUGCAACUUGAAACAUGAAUUCUCUUUAACUGGCUUUUUUAGCUACCUCUUUGCUGCCCCUUAUUAUUAUGGAUUCUACAAUAACCGACUCCAGGCAUAUUGUAAGCAGAACCUAGAAAUGAAUGUUACUGUGGAAAACGUGCUCCAGGUACUUAUUACCACCUAAUCAGGAACUAACUGUAAUUACAAUUACAAUUAAUAACUGUGAUUACAAUUAGCUCCUAACGUAUUUUUUUCUAUGGAAACUUGUCAAAUAAAAGACCCAUAAAUUUUUGUCUUGGAGGUUUGUAAGAUGAAUUCACAUUCCCAGAUGAACAUUACGGCCACUGCCUAAAGAGGGUUAAAUGCACUCCUUCCCGUAGAAAACGGUGCGUAGAUUGGGAUUGCAUCCUACUGGCCCCAUGGUGUAAAGACACCCUACAAAGUGGCUAAAUCCUUAAUAUAUUUCUACAACAGACUUGAACUGAUUCAGUAUCAUAGGAAUUGCCCCAAUUACUAUUUUAUUUUCUAAAGUUUUGUUUUUUUAAAAAAGUUUGUUUGUUUGUUAAGUUUUAUGGAAUGGCCCCAAUUACUUUAUGACUGCCAUAAGUUUAAAAAUGGAGGGUGCAUAAUCAGUAUCUAGUUCUAUGCUGUUUUCUGCCUCAAAUACAAGAAAACACGAAAAUCCUGGGAGCGAUCCUAUACACAAGAAGCUGGCAUAAAGCAAGCCUGGUGUAAAUUAAGCCGGUGCAAAUACACUAGGAUUCAAACUCAUUUCAGGAGUCGGGCUACAGCUGGCUGAGGCAGCCUAAGCCUAGCAGAGGGAGAACAAGCUUUUAAAAUAGUGUGUUACAGCACCCUUUUGAUGGCCUAAUUUACACUCAGUUGCCAGUUUCCUUGACUGAGCUGUAUGCAACUCCCCUUUCUCAGGGCUUACAUUGGCUUAAGAGUCACUGGGCUUGGCUCAGCCAGCUGGGUCCUGAUUCAGCCAAGUUCGGGGAGUUCUGUUGGUGUCUCAGUACCUGAGCUGAGGAUGAGGAAGCCAGUGUAGCCUGUCUGUACUGGGAACCUCUCAGCACAGCUGGAGAUCUUUUGGACCCUAAUCCUACUCACCCCAGUGGAUCUUACAAUAGGAUUGCACCAUUAAUCUAUAAAGACUGCUCUUAAACAAUUAAACAUUUAAAGUGGUUUGGUUUGUUGUUGUUUUUAACAUAGUAAAAAUGUAGAAACUCUGUUUCAGAUUUUAGAGGCAGCUGACAAGACCCAGGCUCUGGAUAUGAAGAGACACUGCCUGCAUAUCAUUGUUCACCAGUUCACCAAGGUUGGUUGGAUGUUUUCUUGGGUUCUGGGCAUCUGCUGUCCCCUUUCACUGCCAUGGUUGAAAACAGCUUAAGGUAGUCCUCCAUUUCAUUCUUGUUCCUCCCUUUGGACUGUGUGCUAUGCUUUUAUAACUUGUCUUUAACACUGAUAAAUAUAUAGUCACUAACAUGAUUUUUACAUGUUUGUGGUUGUGUUUUCCAUUUCUUCAGUGCCUCUUUACCUUUUAUUUGUUGUCUUCUUAAAUACUGACUGUUCUAUGUACCUUGUUUCCAUGUGUUUCAUUUAGCCCUAUAUCAUAAAAGUUACUUUCUGGUAAUGAAUGUAAAUAGAACUCUCAGUUUUCUAUUCCAGGGAAAAGAUCUUCUGCAACUUUGCAAAAUGCUAUUUUCGUGGAAUUGCAAUAUACUUUUGUGUUGGUCAAGAUUAAAAAAAAAAAAAUCUCUGAAACUAUUCUGAUAAUCUAAGGAGACUUUAGAUAUGUGUUUCACAAGCAGGAGCUCUGCCACCCACCCCCAGACACACAGCAUGACAACCUGCUCUUGAAAUGCAGGGAAUGUGAUAUGUCAUAGAAAGGUCACCUGCUCAAAGGAACGAAUCCUCAAAAUUCCAUAUUGCUACCUCUAGCCCCUUUCAAGAGCCCAAUAAGGAUGAAGAAGUGCAUAACAUUUAACAGCAGUGGAGCUGAUUUGAAGUACCUUUGCAGUGUUUAAUCCAAACAUGCCUUUUCUUUCUCAGGGUUUUUUUUUGUGGGGGAAGAAUCUACAAGGCUGUAGUAGAAGCUGUUGUGCAUUGGGCUGAUGGGCUAGUGUCUGUGAUGUCACUAAGAAACUGCCUGUCCAACCGCAGACCAAUUAUAUAUAUAUUUAAAAGCCUGUCUUCUAACUUUAAAUUAAAAAUUAUUGGAUAAACAUUGUUGGUCCACACCUGUCAUCUCCGUUGCAAAGCCAGCAAGAACCCAAGCUUCCACUGUGGCUCAGACUAUCCUUGUAUUAUUAUUAUUAUUAUUAUUAUUAUUAUUAUUAUUAUUAUUAUUUAAAGAAAUCUAGCUCUUUGUAGGUUGGCCAUUUUCUUUGAAUUAUUUACAUUUUUACAGUGUUUUGAAAUAUUUAUAAAACCUCCUUCUAUUGACUUCUGAAAAAUAUCAUAAAAUGAGUUCCAGAAACACCCUCUGCUUAGUUGCAGAAAGAUAAAAACUAGAAGAGACUAAGGGAGAUGCUUUUUUUGGGGGGGGGGGGGAGGUUCCAUCUUCACCAAACCUGCUUGCUUAACAAGUAAAAAGUGUUUCAUUAUGUUGGAAUUCUGUUUUCUGAACAGAUCAGUUUUAUUAAGCUAAAGAAAGGUUGGUUUUUUAAGAAUAAAGCUUUAUGCCUCAUUACAAAAUCUUGUUCAGAGUAUAGUAAGUGUUAAAUCGUGUGCCCCCGGAGUUUUAUGUUCUGUUAUUUCUUUGUGUUGGAGACCUAACUGUCCAGGACAAUGCAGUACCUUUUUUCCUCCUUGAUAAAUGGCAGAUUUCCACCAAUGUUAACAGCACUACUCUCUUUUAUCCCUUGAUAAUGCUAUUGUCCCCUUUUUGGGGACCUUUAAAGUCAAAUACAUAUGCUGAGCGUAUAAUAGAUUCCUGAAAUAGAAUUUUUAUAUAUGAAUAAGCCAAUGUAUUGUAAUCUUAGUGAAAAGCCUUUUCCACCCUUGAUGCAGAAAUUGGUGGACGAAACUAGCAAUAUUUAAUGGUCAAGAGGGUAUUAUGAGUUUCUUGUGAUUUCAGUGGCGGGGUUUUUUUUGGGUAAAGCUUUUUAUUAUAAUGUAUAGAAAACACAGUAUAAUUAUAACAACAGAAGAACAUUAAAAGUUGAAAAACAAAGCUAUAAAAUAAGCAAGUAGAAUGAGUAGUUGCAUGUGAGUUAAAAUAACAAAGUCCAAGUAAAGACACUUGUGAUUUCAGUUUGAGAUGCAGAAUGUGUUAUUACUUGACACAUACCCACACUCUUUUAUUAUGAAUAUUAGGUAUUGACACAUAAUAAAAAUGCAACAUGUUUUUGAUGCUGUUUGCUUGCUUGCUUGCUUGCUUACUUUAGAAGUGAGAUUGUACUGUCUACUAGGAAAAGUAUGGCUGUUGCUCAGAAUUUAAAAGGAGUCAAUUAAAAGCAAGUCUGUUGCAAGUGCUGUGGCCUUUUGAAACUCUGGUUGCAAAUGACACCAGUGUGAGGACUUUUUAAAGUAGGGAAAAGAAUACAAAGUUUCAAAAUACAAGGGUGCACACUUUCUUCUUUAAAAACAAAAAACAAAACCCUACAGAAUCUUUUAUGUUGGUUCCAAUAUUUAAUUUUGAGAUGUUUGGAAACCUAAUCCCUGACUAUGUAAAUAUGCUGGUACACAAUGCUUAGUGGUCUUGUGUGUAUGUUUUUGAACAAAUUAAGUGCUGUAUUAUAUUAAAAUGCUAUAAACUAAAAAUAAAAAUGUACCUGUACAAACAGGAUACAAUGAGGCUGAAAGAAGGCAUUACAAAACUUGUCCAUAUGCCCUUGACGUUCAUCAGCUCCAGCACAGCUGUGUGAGCUAGGGAUGAUUAGAGUUGUAGUCCAAAACAUUUGUAGGGCAUCAGAUGGGCAUGGGCUGUGGUGCCUACAAAAUAAACAAAUAUCAUUUUUAUUAUUCUAUGUGUUUCAAACAUUGUUGUGUUACAGUGAAAACUAAUUCCCUCCCCCUCUUUUUUUUCCUCUUGAAGGUUUCGAAAUUGCCAAACCUUCGGUCCCUCGGUCAGCCUCUCUUACUUGACAUCAUAGAAUCAUUAGCAAAUCACAUAUCAGACAAGCAAUGUGCUGAACUUGGCUCAGAUAUCUAAUAUUUCCCGUAUUCUUCAUAUUGCACUUUUUCUUCAAGAGAUGGCACUUUUCCUACCUGUACCACCAGUCUCUGUCUAACCUUUGUUACCAUUCCACGUUGAUCUGGUGAAGAACGUCCUCAAAGCAUGAAAACCUUUGAAUGUGUGAAAGGUAAAUUUGAACCUGAACCUGACCACAGGGAUGCAAAGAGAAGAUGAUACGACAGUUCUCAGGCAUGUUGGCACUACUAAGAAACAAGCCUGAUACAAAUAUUUACUUAACUUUAUUACUGAUAAUGCCUCUUUGAUUCUUUGUCCUUGAGAGCAUCACAUUUGAACCACGACAAGAUGGUUUUAUCGAAACACAGAAGUUGCUUCCUUUUCCCAUCAGUACACUUCUGAUGCCUGGCACAUUUAAUCAGGUGGACUGAGAUAUAGAAGCUGAAGGAAAAAUGAUUCAGUGCCUGAUGGUUUCAGGUAAUUAUGAAUGCAGUGGAGCAGCCAAAACUGUGUUCUGCUUCUCCGUCAGUGUAACAAGUCACUACAUGGAGCAUCUGUUGACAAGGUGCAUCUAGCAUAUAUUUGUUAAGUCGUAGAUGUUUUUCCUUUCCCAGCAUCUAAGCAGAUGUCACCAAAGGCUCUUUUCAAAACAAUGUUAUACCUUUCAUUGUGUCAGUUUGUAGUUUAAAGGUUGAAUAUACUUUCUGAAGAGCGGCAAAAAAAUGUAAAUGUAUAUUGGAAUGUGGUGUACUCUCGAAAGCCUUUGACGCAAUCUUUUAAUUAGGGAACAUUAAUGCCUGAUAUUUUGCACACUUAAGUUCUCAGUAUACCUUGAAACAUUCACAUAGAAAUUGAUCAAAUAAAAGUUGUCUCCUUGUUUGUCUGCAUUUUUUUUUUUAAAUAUGUGUUUUCAUUAGCAACCUCAACAUUCCCCCGCCCACAAAGGGAGUAUAGCUGAAUUGCUGGCUUGCUUUCCUUUUGCUUGCUUCUCUACUCUCACUGUACUGCUUUUGGAAACAAAAAUGUAUCUGAAUAAAGCAGACCUUUCAAUU